AUGUCAGCGGAUUUUGUAAAGUUAUCAAUCUUCGGAACCGUAUAUGUUGACCUUCAACCUGUUGGAAUGGGAGCGUUUGGUCUAGUUUGUUCAGCCAAAGAUCAAUUGACUGGUACUAAUGUGGCCAUUAAAAAGAUCAUGAGACCAUUUAGUACUCCUGUUCUUUCAAAGAGGACAUACCGAGAAUUAAAAUUGUUAAAACAUUUGAAACAUGAAAAUAUCAUUAGUUUGAGUGAUAUUUUUAUUUCACCAUUAGAGGAUAUAUAUUUCGUCACCGAGUUGUUAGGAACUGAUUUACAUCGAUUACUAACAUCUCGUCCGUUAGAAAAACAGUUUAUUCAAUAUUUUUUGUAUCAAAUAUUGAAACCAAGCAACAUUUUAGUUAAUGAAAAUUGUGAUUUAAAGAUUUGUGAUUUUGGUUUAGCUCGAAUUCAAGAUCCUCAAAUGACUGGAUAUGUUUCAACCAGAUAUUAUAGAGCUCCAGAAAUCAUGCUCACAUGGCAAAAAUAUGAUGUAGCAGUGGAUAUUUGGAGUGUGGGUUGUAUUUUUGCCGAAAUGUUGGAAGGAAAACCUUUAUUCCCUGGCCAAGAUCACGUCAACCAAUUUUCUAUUAUCACUGAAUUACUUGGCACUCCUCCCGAAGAUGUAAUUAGAACGAUUUGUAGUGAGAAUACACUUCGAUUUGUACAAUCGUUGCCUCCACGCGAAAAAGUUCCGUUUUCUCAGAAGUUUCCCAAUGCUGAACCUGAAGCAUUGGAUUUACUUGAAAAAAUGCUCGUUUUUGAUCCAAAAAAACGCAUUACUGCUGAAGAAGCUUUAGCACAUAAAUAUUUGGAACCAUACCAUGAUGAAACCGAUGAACCAGUCGCAGAUGAGCCCUUUGAUUGGUCUUUUAACGACGCCGAUCUUCCUGUUGACGAGUGGAAAGUAAUGAUGUAUCAGGAAAUCUUGGAUUUCCAUAAUGUUGAUGGAAGUUAUGUCGAUAAUAAUGACGUUAACACAGUUAACCCGAAUUACGUUUAA